UAGCCGGGAUGUUCAUAAAACCAUCUCUUAUAAGCCACACGGGUACAGUUUAAGUGUUUGUACUAUUGCAGUGCUAAAGCCUGCUUGUCUGGCAUUAGGAACACCUUGGCAUGCGUCUUUGAUACAAGUACAUGCGGUUGUAACGUCAACUUGUACAGUUCAUACAUUUGUUCCUGAAAUAAUCAAAAUGUUGUUUUCGGCUGUAAUUGUCAUUAUCCGUUUUGUUCCUUUUGUGAGUACAUGUACCUGGAAUACAUUCGUGAGGGAUUCUGCUAUUGUUGACAAGACAACAAAUACCCCAGACCUUAGGAUACAGAAUGGAACAGACAGCCAAGGUGAUUGUGCAAUAUUGUGUUUUCAGACAAAUCUCUGCGUAUCAUUUUUCUACAACAGCGUGUCAAGAAUAUGCCGCCUUCGUUCUGACACAACCAGAGCAGAGGAUGUGACAUUACAGACUGACAUUGGCUACCAUUACUUCAGAGUGCCAUGUCCAACCAUCAAGACGGACAACCUCACAUCUACCCAUAUCGAGACUUCCAAUGUCGAUGGUGUCGUGACCAUGAACGUAACCUGCAGCACCGAUUACAGCUUCAUCGGUCAGAGCAAUGUUCUACAAUGUGACGGUGACGGACUGUGGCCCAAGAUUGUUGGAUCUUGCAGUCGUACUCACUGGCUUAAUCCCAGUUCGUUUGCGGAACCCAUCCCGGGCGCACUGCACGCGGGCGCCAACAUCACCUUCACUGCGCGUCAACAUGCCACGGGCGACAUAUGGGCAAUGAAUCUACACAACGACUCGGGUGUCAUUGCUCUCCACAUGACGGUGGGCGUGUCUGACUCGGUGGGAUUGGACACGUUCACUGACCGGUGGUCCAACUUUUACACAGACACAACAACACAGCCCUUCCCACCCUACCCCAGUGUCUUCACCUGUAGUGUACAGGUCACGGAGGCCAGGUAUCAAGUGCUGGUGAAUGGCGUGUCUUUCAUUACCUACAACCACGUGAUACCGGAGCUGUGGACCAUCACCACGUUAUCAUUCUCGGGCUCAAUACAGCUCUUGGAGGUUGAUAUGCAGCUGUAAUCAAUAGAGAUCAUGGAGGUUGAUAUGCAGCUGUAAUCAAUAGAGAUCAAGGAGGUUGAUAUGCAAGUGUAAUCAAUAGAGAUCAUGAAGGUUGAUAUGCAGCUGUAAUCAAUAGAGAUCAUGGAAGUUGAUAUGCAACUGUAAUCAAUAGACAUCUUGAAGGUUGAUAUGCAACUAUAAUCAAUACUCAUCAUGGAAGUUGAUAUGCAACUGUAAUGAAUAGACAUCUUGGAGGUUGAUAUGCAACUAUAAUCAAUAAACAUCAUGAAGGUUGAUAUGCAACUGCAAUCAAUAAACAUCAUGGAGGUUGAUAUGCAACUGUAAUCAA